AGAAGCCGGCAAUACAGCAAUAGACUGCCAUAAAACCUUAAAGAAGAAGACAGGGCAGUAGAAACAACAACACACAUGUAUUAGAUAUAGCUACAGUAGCUAGUUAAUGUAACAACAACGUGUUAAUAUUGCAUCCAUUCUAUCAACAGCUAUACUUUUGUGAAACAGGUCAGAAUUAUAAACAAACUCGCGGUUUUAUUUGUUUAACGAGUGUUGAGAACUUUGGACUGAGUGACCAUUGAACUCGUACUGACCGGUCCUCCCUAUCAGAGUUCCCCAUCUAUCCCGGGCUCUGGUCAGUCAGCCAUGGCCCUCCGUGUCCUCCAGGCCGUGGCGGCGGUGGCUGUUCUUUGUCGGUUCCCCGUAACGUUAACUCGGGCUGGGGACAGGUCAGAGGGGACUCCCGGCAAAUCCUACGUGGCUGCGGUAUACGAGCACCGGGUUAUUCUGAACCCGGAGCCGCACGUACCUCUGUCCCGGGACGCGGCGCUCAAGCACAUGAUGAGCAACCUGGAUGUGUACGAGGAGCAGGCCGCGCGAGCUGCGGAACAGGGGGCUCAGAUCAUAGUAUUUCCAGAGGAUGGUCUUCAGGGGUUUAACUUCAGUCGUCUGUCCAUCUCUGCUUACCUAGAGACCAUCCCUGACCCACAGUCUGAGGACUGGAACCCCUGUACACAGACAGACAGACACACCCACACUGAGGUAUGUACAGAGCCGGAUCCAGAACGAAUCACACAGAGUUACACAUGGAGUCACCCCACCUGCCCCCCCGAUGGGCGCUGGCAGUUCAACACUGAUGUUGUCUUCAGGUGGGAUGGUUCCCUGGCGGCACGCUAUCACAAACACAACCUGUACUUUGAGAAGGCCUUCGAUGCCCCGCCCACACUCGAGGUGGUGACCUUUGACACGCCGUUCGCCGGACGGUUUGGAGUGUUCACCUGCUUCGACAUCCUGUUCCAUGACCCUACCGUCAGACUACUGGAGCAGGGUGUCAGACAGAUGGUCUACCCUACAGCCUGGAUGAACCAGCUUCCUCUGUUGUCAGCCGUUCAGUUCCAGAGAGCCUUCAGUCUGGGAGCUAACACCACUCUGCUGGCGGCUAACAUCAGGGCAGACAGCCUGGGUAUGACAGGAAGUGGCAUCUUCACCCCUGGUACUGCCAUCUACCACCAUGCCAGGGCUGGGCAGCCAGAGGAGGGGAGGCUGCUGGUGCUGAGGAUACCUGUACUGGACACUGCCUGGCUGGGAACAGAGACAAGGGCCAAGGGGCAGGCAGGAGGAGAGGAGGGGGAGGCAGGAGGAGAGACUGCAAGAGGAGAGGGAGAGGGGGAGGCAGGAGGACAGACUGCAAGAGGAGAGGGGAAGGCAGGAGGAGAGACUGCUUAUACCAGGUCACCUAAGCCUCUGUCUGGACAGAGGGAGGGCAACUCUGGGUUCUGUCUACAGGAGAGCCAACACUGCCGGGAGGAUUCUCUCUCUACCUCUCCUCCUGCCUUCUCUCCCUCAUCCCCCUUUCCUUUCACCUCCUCUAUGAUGUAUGAUCCCUUCUCCUUCCUCCUGCUGAGUGGUUCAGAGGGCCAGCUGACAGUGUGUGACGGUCGUUUCUGCUGCCACCUGCAGUACCGGCGCUCCCCACAGGGGGGCAAUACGGAGCUCUAUGCUCUAGGAGCGUUCUCUGGCACUCACACGGUUAACGGACGCUACAAUGUACAGGUGUGCGCGUUGGUCCGCUGUUUGGGGUCGGAGGUCAGCUCCUGUGGACAGGAAGUGGAGGAGGCAGAGUCGAGAGUUGACUUCCUAUUGGAGGGGAAGUUCGGAACCCGUCACGUUUACCCGUCGUUGCUAGGUAGCGGCAUGGUUCUAGAACAACCUGACCAGGUCAAGACGACCGCAGAUGGUCGCGUGGCCAUGGAACACUCAGGGAUGAGCGUCGGACUAGUGACCGCAUGUCUCUACGGCAGGGUGUACGACCAGGACUGAGGUGUGUGAGAGAGAGGUUGCGGUCCAAACACUUAAGAUACACCCUCGUCCACUUACCCUCGCCUUAUGCCCUUGGGGAAAUCCCCGUCGCCAUCUUGGAGGGCUUUCCAAAUGAUUAGCCAAGCAAGGGAAGUUAUCAAACGUAAGCCCCUCAGCCCUCGUUUUUAGUUGGCUUAGCGAGUGUACAAUUAUGUUCACUCCUGGGCCCGAAACUCCCCAUAAUUCAAUUCACGACGAUUGUACAUCUUGUCAGCGAAAACGUAUAAACAACAUCAAUGGAGAAGUCAACAUAAAAACAGUAAAAACAAAUGCAAAUAAGUUAGAAAUUGUGCUACUAAUGCACAUGACGGCACAAACACGUCUCGUAAAAAGUAAAUAUGCUUUUGUUUGGUUAUCUUUUGGAAAUUGUAGAGAAAAAAUAUAUAUAUAUUCUUCAGAAGUUCCAGCUGGGUAGGCUAAUGUUACUUAGCCAAUUCAUUUACUAGCAAUCAUACAGUAGGCGUAUAUUAAUAAUUAUAAAUUUAAUAUAAGUAGACAUGCACUCAUAAUUGACUGUAGCGCAUAGAACGCACCCACAAGCUACCGGUGGCUGAAAACACAAUCAUCUCGGGAUGAACCAGUGACACAUUUCCAGCCAAGUGUGAUCCCUUUAAAAAUCAUUCCUUCCUCCUUUGUCCCUUGAAUACUCGUCAGACGUCAUCAGAAGUGUCCACUUAAGUUGAGGGUUGAGGGGAUAGGGUGUGUCUUAAGUGUUGGGACCGCAACCAGGGAGAGAGCGUGAGAGAGGGUGUGUGUUUGGGUUAAAUGAUUGUGUGGUCCCAUAAAGUGAACCAAUCUUCUACCUCAGUAAAUAAGUAUUCUCUUUUGUCCUCCGUCCUGUUUCUGAACUGUAUCCAUGACACCCUAUUCUGCAAUGUUGUCGGGGGUUACGCCAAAUAAAAAUAGGAUUCACCAACAACAAAAAAUAUUGUAUUUUUAAAAAUAUUUUUUUAACAUUUUCAAACAGCACAUUUAUAAUUUUCCAUGUUUGAGGUUUGUUUUCUUGCCUCGUUUCACUGCCAAAAAUAAAAUUAAACCUUCUUGUGUUCAGCGAAAUAACAACACAAUGUGAAAUACAGGUAGCCUAGUCAAAUAAUGAACAUCCAAUCACAUUAACCGUUACUCUCUUGCGGGAAUUCCACUAACGGUCCGUAUGAAGCCAAACGUAGCUUCUGCUCAUGUUGGUAUCUGUACUGAUGGCGUGAAAUCCAUGACAGGGAGACAUAGUGGAGUAGUAACACGUGUGCAAGCAGUUGCUCCCGACACUUGGGUCCACUGCAGCAUCCACCAAGAGGCUCUUGCUGCCAAGGGAAAGCCUGACAGCUUGAAAUAUGUUUUGGACACUACAGUGAAAAUGGUUCACUUUGUUAGAGAGGCCCCUGAACUCGUGUAUUUUCUGCACUAUGCAAUGAUAUGGGCAGCGACCAUGUAACGCUUCUACAACAGACAGAAGUGCGCUGGUUAUCAAGGGGCAAAAUAUUGACACUUUUUUAAAUUGAGAGACGAGCUUAACGUUUUCUUUACUGACCAUAAUUUCACUUGUCUGACUGCUUGCAUGAUGACGAGUUUCUCACACGACUGGCCUAUCUGGGUGAUGUUUUUUCUCACCUGAAUGUUCUGAAUCUAGGAUUACAGGGACUCUUUGCAACUAUAUUCAAUGUGCGGGACAAAAUUGAGGCUAUGAUGAAUAAGUUGGAGCUCUUCUCUGUCUGCAUUAACAAGGACAACACACAGGUCUUUCUUUCCAUCAUUGCAUUAUUUUUUUGAGUGCAAAUGAACUCAAGUUUACGGACAAUGUCGAAUGUGAUAUAGCAAAGCACCUGAGUGAGUCGGGUGUGCAAUUACACAGGUACAUUCCCCAAAUGGAUGACAAACAACUGGAUUCGUUAUCCCUUUCAUGCCCUGCCUCCAGUCCACUUACUAAUAUCUGAACAAGAGAGCCUCAUCGAAAUUGCAACAAGCGGUUCUGUGAAAAUUGAAUUCAUCAGAAGCCACUGCCAGAUUUCUGGAAUGGGCUGCGCCAAGAGUAUCCUGCCUUGGCAAAUCGCAUUGUUAAAACACUCAGCUCUCACCAGCAUGAAAACUACAUACAAGCACAGACUGUGUGUGGGAAAUGAUUUAAGACUGAGACUCUCUCCAAUACAUCCCAACAUUGCAGAGUUAUGUGCAUUCUUUCAAGCACACCCUUCUCAUUAACCUGUGGUGAGUUAUUCACCAUUUUCAAAUUAAAAAAUAAGGAUUUAUAUGUAAAAUGGUUAAAUAAAGAUAAUAAUUAUUGAUUAUUAUUUGAGCCCUGGUCCUAUAAGAGCUCUUUGUCACUUCCCACGAGCCGGGUUGUGACAAAAACUCACACUCAUUCUUAUGUUUAAUAAAUGUGUUGUGUUUAAUAUAGUGUGUUGUGUGGCAGGCUU